UUCGCCGUAUCAUUUUAGUCACUGGCUAUACAACGGCAUGAUGCCUCUUUACUCGUAAGCAACGCUAUUCCGCGCCCGAUUCAGUUCGGAUGAUAUCAAACAACAGGGAAAAUGGGAAAUGGAUCACUUUUUCUACACUGGCAAGGAGAUUGUCUUACACCUUGAAGAAGUAGCAACAGCAUUUCAGACAUUGCCACCGUCAGAUGCUCCCAUCUGCUUCAAGCGUGCUGUAAUCGGUCUCGGUUCACAAUGCGCCUUAAGUUAUUGCGAAAACAAUAUCCCCGCAGAGGUUUAUAAGGCAUUCAGAGACGAGAUUGCUGACCACUACUGGGGGACACCAGGUCGAUGGGAUUCCCAUCUUGCACUCCAUCGAGUGACCGAGGAUAACUCACUCCAGUGUCUGGAUCUCGCACGGUACUAUAAUUUUGAUGGAGUUGGCCAGGAUUACAGUCAGGAAAGAGACGAAAAGUCGAAGCAAAUUGAUCAACUGCAUCCGGAUGUCGUCAACAGCGAGCAAGGAUCUAAGAACAUAACCACUGGAGCAUCAUCAGAGUCACACGAGCGCAAGCUUGUUGUGGGUAUCAUUCAACGCGAAGGAUCGAGACGACUCAUCAAUGACGAGGCCUUUAUCCAAGCCUUGGUCAAAGCCGGGUUUCGGGUCAAGUGGAUGACAUUUGAUCAUGGAUGCGGUAUUGCCGAGACGGCGUAUCUGUUACGUGACGUUCAAGUGCUUGUCUCACCUCAUGGUAACGCUAUUGGUACCUCGUUGUUCAUGCCCACCAGUGAUCCGAUUCCCACGAUUAUCAGUGCUGACAGCACCCGUUAUGCCGAGUCAUGGUUCAAGUUUACGACAACAGUGCUUGCACAACGUUUCAUGUCUGCAGUCUGUGGGCCAUCCAACUAUCCGGACGAAGUGACCAAAGCACAGUGCCCACAUGUCCGUGACUCAGAUCUUGCUGAAAGAUAUUUGAAACAUUCCCAGCUCGUUUUGGGUCUCCCCCCAUCAAUGGUCAAGUCAGACAAGGAAAAGAAGAGCAUGUCGCAGGGCCAGAUAGGGAAGAUGAUACAAUCGCAUCGAGCCUAUGUGAAAUCACAUCCAGAGGCUAAAGCUCUUGCAGAAAAGGAGUUUGAAGAGCUAUUAGGUCCUGAGGCCUCAACUACACUAUAUAACAAGUAUGGAGAGAGUACCUUCGGAUUCUGGGAGCUUUACUGGAAGGCCAUGCCUCGCUAUCUUGAUGUACCCCGCCUGGUCCAGUUUAUCGAGAACCGGCAGAACGACUGGAUGCGCGAGCGGCAAGAAGCGGCAGCAGGAGGUCGUCAACCAAGUGAUGACAUGGCAGCCUACCGCAGUUUCAUGGAGUAUGUCCGCAAGGGGCAGAUCUGUCGCAUUGGCGGGUGGAAUGAUUGCGCGGAGAUUCAGCAGCGAAACAUUGCAGGACCUUUGACUGCGUAUGGCAGACAUUCAAUCGACAACAUCGCACAAUGGGGCGAGCCCACAUCCGAGAGCCAAUCUCUGCUCCAAGGUGUAGAAACCUACAAGGAUUGGCCUUUUGCUGCCACCUCAUGAUGGAUAUUUUGUCAUAUUUUUUUUUCUUUUUUUUAUUUGACAGUAAUAGACUAUACCACAUGCAGCAUUGCCACUAUUCCCAACAGACCGUCCAUCCAUACUUUUCUCUCAUAAGCUUCUUGUAUCUUUCUGCUUUGUAGUCUGAAGAUGCCUAUCCUUGAGCGGGAUAUACUUCAG